CGAGUUCUUCCCGCCUCUUCUGGAGUUUUACUAUUUUAGCGGGCAACGGGGGCUGUCAGUGGCUCUGUGCCUUGAGUUAGCCGUGUUUUCUAUCUGAAAUUAGUAAUCAUGGGGAAAAAGAAACAGAAGGAUACAAAUCCGGUCUCUGAAGAGGAAGAGGAGGAGGAGUAUAUUGUAGAAAAGAUUUUGGAUAAAAGGAUACAGGCUGGAAAAGUGGAAUAUUUUUUAAAAUGGAAAGGAUACCCAGAAUCUGAAAAUACUUGGGAACCUGAAGAGAAUCUCGACUGUCCAGAGCUUAUUUCUGAGUAUGAAGAAAAACAAAAAGUAGAUGUGGAAGAAAAGAAAGAUUCUUCAGAUAAAAAAAGAAAAAUUAAUGGAACUGAAAAGCGUGAAAGUUCUCAAAAGAAAAAGAAAAAAGUAGAGGAGGACAACAAACCAAGAGGAUUUGAUAGAGGUCUUGACCCUGAACGAAUAAUUGGAGCAACUGAUUCUAGUGGAGAACUCAUGUUUCUGAUAAAAUGGAAAGGAAGCGAUGAAGCAGACCUCGUCCCGGCACGACUAGCGAAUGUUAAAUGUCCACAAGUAGUGAUACAAUUCUACGAAGAAAGACUUACGUGGCACACUAGCUCUUCUCAAGAGGAGGAAGAUAAAAAAGAGGAGUCGCAAUCCUGUUCGUAGUCUGUACUUCUUGUCAUUAACAUCAUAGGUGUGCCAUCAAAAAAAGAAAGACUUCAAAUCCUCCUGUUUCUCUAUAGCAAGUUACUGGUUAGAUCCUCGUUCCCAUCUGAUGUUUUUCAGAUUUUCUAUGUUUAUUACAUUCAUUUUAUGAUUAAGAUAUAGUUUCUCUCUGCAGUUCUUUUAUGAACGUUAUCUCAUGAACAACAUUAGAAAUAGUAAGGGUUUGAUAAAUAUUUGCUGGCAUAAUAAUAUUAUUAUACCGUUAAUGUGAAUAUUUGUGACGUAACACAUCGUUAUAAUUAGUUUACUGUUGAAUUAUUGUUCUAAAUUCAGUAUUACAAAACUUGAAGAGAGCUAAAAAAAAAAUGUAAGUUUAAAAGAUCUUUAAUGGUUCGUAGUCUAUUUGAUCACCUAAGUUAGUAACGUUUUUUAAUAAUUAGAUAAUAAGCAAAAGCUAGUUUUUAUUCUUCAUUGUGGCUGCUAAUCUGCUGACAACUUAUUGAAGUCCCGAGAAGGAAUGUACUGUAUUAGUGGCCAUGAUUCGGAACCCAAGUCUUAUUUGGUGUAGAAGCAUUGUGGUUGACCACUUGACCUAAGGUACUCGUUAAUAAUUAGACUUGGGUAAUCCUAUAGACUACUGACCACGAUAAUGGUUUAUACCUAAUGACCAUUACUUUAUCUUAAGUACUUAGUCUAAAGGGGUUUUUACACUUAAUUAUUUGUCCUAAAACAGUGUAAAAGUAUGGGGGAAUAAUUGUGAAACUUGUUGUUGUUUAGUGCAUUUUUUUUUAUGAUAAAAAAUAAAUAAAUAAAAACCACGAGUGUGAGAAACCAGUAUUAAUUUCGUUUAGUGUCUUAAGAAUGUUUUACUUUUUUGUUUUCUGUAGUUUUCUCUUGGUGUGUCAUACAUAGUGGGUAGGAAUAUAUUUAAAACUUGUAAAUUGCUGGUGUCAUCUUGUACAGAAACCUGUUUAAUAAUUGGUAUUUGUAUUACUGUUCUGUUGUACAUUUUAGAUAAUAAAUCACUGUGCUAUUUGUUUGAA